AUACAUUCACUGUUUUACUUUUCUUUGUCUUAAGGUCCAAAUAACUCAACAAAUAAUUCAAGAGAACAGCACGCAUUGACAGACUGCAUAAAUAUGAACAGAGCCACAGAUCGAGUCACUUAUAUCGUCCUGGUUGUGAUUGCAAUCCUGAUUGCCUCGAAACUCUUGGUCUAUCUACAGGCGAAUCCCGAUGUGGUCCGUCUUACGUUUUCACUUUCAAGGUUGGAUAAGGGAUUGGUCCAGCGUGAGCAGAAUCCACUUUCAAGUUUAGACGAUGGAUUUGGCCACCGGGAGCAGAGUCCACUUUCAAAUAUGCGAAAAAAGACAAAAACACUGUGGCAAGGAGAUCACAACACGGCAGAAUAUUUGAACCAUGUACAAUGUUCCGAUUUGCAAAAAGAGGAGCUUUUUUGUAUUGGACACCCAGGAUUCUGUGCAAAAAUGAACGAGUACACUCGGCAAGGGAGGCCCAAUGAUGGAAAACUUUGUCGGUUGUUUAACGGAUCGGACAAAUGUGAACUACAUAAAUAUGCGGACGUUUAUGACUUCAUAUUUCGAGAUAUACGACACGAGGAAAUGGAAGUGCUUGAAAUCGGGAUUGGAUCACAGAGUCUCCAGUUUACCUUCACCAUGUCGUCAAAGUUCACCAUCGGUGCUUCACAACGUGCUUGGAGGGAUUAUUUCCCCAAAUCCCAGAUCUAUGCGGCCGAUAUUGACCCAGACGUUCUUUUUGAAGAGGAACGAAUCAAGAGUUUUUAUGUCGACAUCCUUAAAAACAAAACUCUCGACGAGAUGAUAGUGAAAAUAGGGAGCAAGCUGGACAUUCUAGUUGACGAUUCGCUUCACAGUGUGGAAGGCCAGAACAACUUGAUUUCGGUGGCCUAUGAAUGGAUAAAGCCAGGGGGCUAUUACGUCGUUGAAGAUGUAGUCAUCGAUACUAUCUGCACUGAAAUGAUCAAGACUCUUCUGAAGAAAGGCAUAAAUGACUUUGCUUAUGUUAAAACAGCUGACACCCAUCAUAAAGACAGCGUCUUGCAAAUCAUCCGAAAACCCGACCACCACUUAAACUAGGCUCACUUUCAACUCACUCGAAUGCGGCCAUUUGUAUUUUGAUAAAAAAUCAUUUAAAAGUGUAAAUUUUGUUACUAAAACAAUUUUUGUUGUAAUA